AUGCCUUCGAAUCGUCCCCAUCACAGCUCCGCGCCAGAAGGAUUGAAAGCGACCAAUGACGCUCCACGGCAGUCUACUGCAGGACUUUUCAAGGCCAUCUGUUCUACCGAUUUGCUUUUCCUCAUCGAUACUACCAGCUCUAUGUCGAGCUAUAUCGAGGCUGCUAAGGAGCAGGUUCGGAGCAUCAUUAACGACAUCAAAGUGGCUUUCUUCAACGAAGCGGAAAUCCGUAUGGCCGUAGUAGGGUACAAAGAUCACGGUGAUUCGCCAAAUAUCCAGUUUCUCAACUUCACGACGUCGGCUGAUCAAGUGCGGUCGUUUUUUAGUGGGUUGAGGGCCACUGGAGGGGCGGACACACCCGAAGACGUGCUUGGGGGACUUAAUCAGGCACUCAACGCAACGUGGAUGCACAGGACACGAUGCAUCAUCCACAUCGCUGAUGCACCACCCCAUGGCCGAACAUUGCACGACCUUGGCGACUAUUACGACAACUAUCCCAACCCCGGCAGCGAGCCGCAUCGCCUUAUGCACGCACCGCUGUUGAUCCGGAUGAUUGGUCUCCGUAUUAAUUAUUGUCUGCUUCGUAUCAAUAACUAUACAGACCGCAUGGCCUAUACGUUCCUACAAGCCUACGCUGCGGCUUCAGCACAUUGCACACUGCUUAAUACCAACAAGUACUUCAGUUAUGCUACCAGCCACAUCAAACCCAACACUGCAGGCGGACUAUUAUUCCAAGAGGCUGGACUGGGUAUCACCUUCCAUGCGCUGCAGCGUCUGGUUAUCAAUGCUGUCACUACUUCUGCUACUCAUACAGCAAUCCGCACGGUGCCGCAAGACAACAUCGAAUCCACCCCUAACAUGCCUCUGGAGAAUGUCUGUCCGCAAUGGACGAUGGAAUGGCUCAAUGAGACGCUCAUAGUACAGGGUUUCUCCCCGGAUGUUAUCGUACGCGGUGCCAAUACACUUAACGAUAUGAUGGCACAGGACUCCAGCAUCACCAUGAGCCGGAUGGACCUUACAAUCCACAAGCGCCCGCAGCCGUUUGCUCAAGGUUCUCUACGUGCGGUUUCAUACGCCCGUACAGAUGCCUCGAACAAUCACUACGUGGUCAAGUGGUUCAAGAAACCAGGAUCGCGGAUCGACGACUUAAUCGAAGACAUGCGGAUCCAAGCGCUGUGCAAAUCUUUUGCCCUCGAGUUCAACGCCGUUUUAGGGAACGAGCACUCGAUCGAUUUUAUCGUGACAGCGUGCUUCAAGGGAAGAUCAAGAAAGACAUUCGGGGACGAAUACAUAUCCAUAGAACCCUAUGUUGACGGUACCCACGUCAAGUAUAACGGUAAUGACGGUUACGUAAACACGGAUAUCCCCGACGACCCAUCCAACCAGGCGGCACAAGCUUUCUCACACUUCACGUUCGAGCGUUCACGGGGGCAGUUUUUAGUUUGUGAUCUGCAAGGCGUGGGCGAAUUACUAACUGAUCCCGUGAUCCAUACACGUGAUCAAAAUCGUUUCGACCGCUCUAAAACGAACUCUAACGAGGAGGGCUUCAAGCUUUUCUUCCGCACACAUGAGUGCAACGACAUUUGUCGCAAGCUGAUGCUCAAAAGCAAUGGCUCCUCAAUGUUCAUUCGAAACGUGUUCGAAUUCAGGGAAGAUUGGCCUAAGAUGGCUAAUACGGUGUGCUGCUCGAACAAGCUGUGUGGCAGGAUCUUGCUUCGCAACGAUGCGAAUGAAGCGGAGCCGUAUCCAGGAUACCAUUGGUGUGACGAAUGCUACCCGCAGAUUCAAGAGUUUACAGAAGAAGAGAUGUGCGAUGAAGAUGGCCCAGACCACGAAUUUUACUACUCAAGAUUUUUCCAUGAGUCCCAGGGACGAAGCCCGCCGCUUAAGUGUACCGAGCACCGCGAUGUAAGCGUAACUGAGAUUAGGACUGCGAUAGCGGAAAGCAGGAAGAGUGAAGCAGUGCGCGAGGAAAACGAAGGGAAAGGCUUGGCAGAUGGAGCUUUCAUACCUUGA